AUGUUGGCAGCACCGCAACAGUGUCGUUCCCCCAGAAUGGACAAUCCGUCUCUGCACAAGCUGAAGCGCAAGCGCGUCGAUUCGAGCGCAUCGGAAUCCUCGGUGGGUGAGCGUGCGACGACAAAGCCGCGUCUGAACGACUCAGACCAGGCAUCAACGACAAAUACGACCGGUCUCCCAUCGACGACUGUCGGGGCGCAACCGGAAGUCCCGACGGACAGUACUGCUGGAGCAGCCCCUUCUCAACCCCCAACGCCACAGCAGCUCCAUAACGGCAAUGUCACACCGGCAGCUGACACGACCAAUAACUCGAAUCAGAAGCCCGCAGCGCGGCCCAAAGUGGAUAUCGAUAAACUGCGGGAGACGAUCGAUGCGCAGCUGAGCCUGGAGGUGCUCCUCAAACACAACGAGCUACGGUUGAUUGAUCAAGAGAUCGCAAAGUGUCAGGUCGCGCUGGAGCAGCUGCGACGCUGCGCUGAGAUUCCUUAUCCAGGAUCGAGUAUCUCGGGAGUGUCACAGUCAGUCAGCAAUGGUACGGGAGUGGCGGUUCUGCAACCUGGAAAUGGACCUGCACCGCUCUCUCCCGCGCCAUGGGGAGUAACAGACGGCCCGUAUUCGCGACAUUAUGCUAAAUGGCUGAUACCGGAUCCUCGCUUUGAUGGCGGUGAGGUGGAAACGCCGCCGGCCACAGCAGGUCUUUCCUCUCUGGACGGACGAGCGACUCGAGGCAGCUUGACAGAGAGCGGUUAUGUGGCCGGCAAGUCGCGGUCGCAGAGAGGCAGUGGAACCGUGAAGUUGCAAGCGCUCGCUAGUGGCUACCCACAACCCAAGGAGAAAGCCGGGCCCAUGAUCAUCAAGCGGAAGUCAGACGGCCAGUUUGUGAAAUUGGUCUGCCUCGACUGUCGCAGGGAUAAUUUCUCUAGCACUCAGGGCUUCAUCAAUCACUGUCGUAUCGCUCACAACCGCAACUUCGCCAGUCAUGAUGCUGCUGCUAUGGCAUCUGGAGAGCCUGUGGAGGUGGAUGAGGCAGGGACGGUGGUUGGAGGAAACACCACUGAGUCGACCAGCGGUGGUACUCCUGGCUAUGUCCAUCCGUUGAUCCGCUCUGCCCAUGUGAUGGAAUCGAUGUCCAAGGUUAAUACGCAGCGGAAGUCCUCUGUUGAGAGCCAGACUCCAAGGCGACAAAGCCAGGGCCUGUCGCCGCAAGUGGAGACGAAGAAGGAUAAGCUGUCAACACCGGCCGCUGUCAGCCUGCCAUUCACUGCCUCGCCAGACACACCUCAUCUCUCUUCCUUGAUGCAGAGAAGAGGAAUCGGCCUCAAUCUCAGCCAGAUUGUUGGUGAUGCAAAGACUAGCUUGGAUCUUGACGCGCUGUUCUCUGACGAAGAGUCAAGUGACAGCGUGACUGAUGCCGCUCCCAGUCAUGACCAACAGUCGUCACCCAAUGUCCGAGCAAGCAGACUGCCGGCCCGCACGACAAUGCCACAAACAGCGUCGCAGCGACCGAGUAGUCGCAAGGGUCAGGAUAAGGCUGGUCAUGGAUCGCAGCAUUUCGAUGCUUCAACUCCUGCAAAGCCAGUCGUCUCAUAUGCCUCUUCCUUUCCUCCAACGUCUGGAUUAGGAAUCUCUCACGAAGAGCCGCGUGAAAUGGAGAUGGCUGACCCGUCUGUGAACCUCAGUCCUAAUACGGUGGAGUCCAACCAAGCUCCCAGCCUUGUUAGCGAUGAUGACGAGUAUGAGGCGGCAUCUGAGUCUGAGAGUCCGAGCCCUAGCUCCUCCGAUGGUGACGAUGAUAUCCGAGACUUCAGUCACAUCGAGGUCGAGGAUGACGAGGAUACAACUACCACCACAACGGAGACCAAAACAGAACCCGGGUUAGCUAGUCCCGCCAGACGCCAUGCUGCUCCGCUGUCAAAGCCUCUCAAACGAGGGAAUGGCAAGAAAAAGGACCGACACGGUGCUGUUCCUCCUGUCUUGCCCGUGAGUCGUGGAAAGGAUGAGAAGCGCGUCAGCUUUGCCAAAUUCAUUUCCUUCGACAUAAUCCCCUCCUUCAAGCCCGAGGAUAUCACCCGAUCUACAUUCAGCCGUCUUCUGAAAUGCUACCCGGUCACUAUCCGAGAGGUGUAUCGAGAUAAAUUACACACCAAGUAUCAGGGCGGUAAAAAGAAAGCAAAAAAAGGAGGAGAGGAUUUGGUGCCUGAGGUGGUGGUGCCGGAGAAGCAAGUUGAGAAAGAUUUGGAUGCGUUCUUGAAGUUGGAUAAGUGGCGGUAUGAAGUUUUACCUGGUAAAGUGAGGGGAAGGGAAGAGAAUGGGAAGGAUGGGCUGUUCAUAGAGAAAGAGGAGUUGGUUCAGUUGAUGGAUUGGAAGUUAAAACACGGCGUCUUCCGUCCCACGCUUCAAGGCCUUGUGAAAUCAAACCAAGCAUCUCUCAUUCGAAAGAGUACGGCCGCUGCAUAUGCGGCUCUCCCAACCGCUGAGUCUGCAGCCAAUGAUCCCGACGCGGCCUUCCCCAAGGCCAGUCUUGACGCUCUUACGGAACCCCUGCGCGGCGUUGGUCCUGCUACUGCUUCUCUCAUCCUGUGCGCAGGCACAUAUCUAUCAGACACUAAAACCCAAGUCCCUUUCUUCAGUGAUGAGAUCUACCAAUGGCUUUGUUUGGAUUGUUACCCAUCCGCGGAAGAAAAGGAAGGAAAAGGAACCGGGGAUGAUGAGAAUGACAGCGAUAAUGAUGACGCAGACGACAGGGAGCAGAAGAAGCCGCCUAAAAAGAGCAAUGGCGAGCUGAAUAUCAAAUAUAAUCUGACGGAAUACCGAAACGUAUGGAACGCGGUCUUUGAGAUCCGAGAACGGUUAAAUAAGACCGCGAAGCCGGAUGGUGCUGAUGAAGAUGAGAGACGGAUCUUUUCCGUCGUGGAUGUUGAGAAGGUUGCGUUUGUGCUGGCGAAUAUUGAUCUGUCCGGGUAUUUUGGGGAGCCUAAGAGGAGGAGGAAGAGCACUACGACUAAGACGACCACUACUACCACUACUACUACCCCGCCCAAGGCUCGUCCUAAAGGGAAAGAAGAAGACAAUGAAGAGAGAAAACCGGAGGCGAAGAAACGGAAGAGAAAAGAAAAGUAUGAGAAGAACGAUGAGAAGAAGAAGAGAAGGACUGGUAGGAAUAAUUAA